AUGAAAUGCCGGCUUGACAGUGGGAACACCUGUCGACGAUGCCAACGUAGCGGUGUCCAGUGCAUCUUCCUGCCGCGUGCCAAUGCCGCCACAUUGCCCGAGUCUUUGGUCGACUUCAGCCAGAUUGAGCUCAACGGAGACAUACUCCGCAGACUUAGGGCAAUUGAGACACACCUCGGCCUUACCGGUAAUGGGCCGGAAAGUCCCGUAGAGGAACAGACCCACCACGGCUUCGACGGGUCGCUGACGAUAGCUUCGCCGGAGGAGAUCGCUCUGAGCUCCCUAUGGGAAGCCGUCGGGUGCCUCGAGAAGAUCUCGGUACCCUUGACGAAGCCCUCAAUAUGGCGCAGGAGCACAAUCAAACAUCUUUGGCUGGCAUUCCACGACCGGAUGCCGGGGCUUCACUUCCUGCCCGAGAAGCAGACCUUUUCGUCUCCUCGGCCGUUACUAUUGGCGUCCAUUCUGUACUGCUCAAGUGCCCGGGGGCCACCGGACAUGGCCGAGACAGCGCCCCAGUACUUCUCCGUGCUGUGCAAUGCCAUAGCACAGCUGAGCGUCCCGAACAGUGAGAUUGGCCGCCCGCCCGAGAACCCACAGGAGGCCGAGGAGUGGGCUUUUCAGACGGUGCUGGGCAUCAUCCUGGCUGGCCUUCUCACCGAGGCCAACAUCCGCGAGACGGGCAUCUGGAUAUCGGUGGCCUAUCGACUGAUUCUCGAGCACUGCCCGCCGCACAUCGAUGAGAGGUCUAGGGAGUGGCGGAAGCUGUUCAUUGGCACUCAGAUCAUCGACCUCGAGCACGCCUCUCUCCACCUAACGUGCCCGGUGAUCCCUAUCGAGCCACCCCUCCAGGCACUCAAGACUUCCAAUCGAGAUCAGCUCUAUAGGCUGUCACGGAUGAUGCACACGGGCUUGACGCACUUCACAGGACGCGGCUUACCGACCAUAUGGUCCUGCUUCACAAGUAACCCACCGGAGACAAUGAACUCGAACUCUACAUGCACCUUCAACCAGAUAGACGCAGCAGUGAUCCGCGACUGGGCCCGCCAGCUGGAUGACUGGCUUGUGGAGUUCAGCAACGUGGUCGAGGACGCCGAUGCCGACCGGACAUCGGUGUUCCGCCAAUACGUCCUCCAUCGCCUGGUCGUUCUGUCUAUCUACCAUCCCGCGAGGGGGUGCAACCUCUACUCAAAUACGAUUACACCGAAGGAGCAGCACGAACUGCUCCUCUCUGCCCGUGCGACUAUCAGACUUCACUUGAACGAUUCCUCCAUAUGGUCUAACUGGGACCUGGUCAUCAUCACCUGGGCUGCGUUGAUUGUCAUACAGGGAGUAGAAGGGGAAGCCGGAGAACCCGAUGACCUGCGAAACAUUCGCAUCCACCUGGAUUUUCUGAAGCAGACCAGCGAGCCCAAGCCAAGCCUGCGAGACAAACUAAUUACACGACUCGAGCAAAGCCUCACGGGGGUCCAGACGCCGACUCACCCAUCGGGCUUGGAUCCGGCUAUGAAUAUACAAGCUCUUAGUCCAGAACUGGAGUUCUCGUGGCAGAUCUUUGACCAUUCCAGCUUGCGACAGAUGCAAUUCCCCGGAUGGCCAGACCCUUCGUCAUUACAGCCAAUGCAGUGA